GCGGAGCGCACCGAGCGCCGGGAGCGGGGCGAGCUUGUGGAUCCGGGCUAGAGGGCGUUUACCCCGGACAGCGACGGGAGGGCCCGGCCCGGCCCGGCCCAGCAGCGCCAUGGAGCGAGGCUCGGCCAGCGACUAGCCGGAGCCGGGAUCAGCCCGCGGGGCCGGGAUCGGCCGGGGACAGGCGGCGGCGGCGCAGGACUGGAGGUGCCUGGCCCAGCCUGCCCCGUGCCCGCCCCAUGCCUAGCUGGACGUGAGGUGGAGCCAGGUCACUGGGCCAGGGCACUGCCCUCCUGCCGACUAGUUGGGUUAAAUGCCGGCUCGUCCCGUGCCAGCUCAGUGCUCCUGGCACAGAGCAGCCACCCAGCAUGUCGUGGUUUAGCGGCAUCCUGGUGCCCAAGGUGGACGAGCGGAAGACGGCAUGGGGGGAGCGCAACGGGAAGAAGGGGCAGCGCCCGCGCGCCUCGCUCUGCAGCCCGCGCUACAUGAGCUGCCUGCAGGACCCCGAGCUGGAGCGGGGCACCCACCCGCGGGCCGGCCUGGGCCUGACCUGCUCCUGGCAGGAGGACCACUACAGCAAGAAGGGCCUGGCGGGGGGCGCCGGCGACCUGGGGCUGAAGUCGGUGGACUUGGGCUUUGAGGACGGCGAGGCCAAGGGGCCGAAGGUGGCGGAGGGGGUGGCCAGGCCCGGGGAGCGGCUGUCGGCGGGCGAGUGCUGGCAGCGCCUCCUGCAGGUUUUCCGCUCCAAGCGCUUCCAGUCGGCCAAGCUGGAGCGUCUCUACCAGCGCUACUUCUUCCAGAUGAACCAGAGCAGCCUGACGGUGCUGAUGGGGGUGCUGGUGCUGGUGUGCGGCGUGAUGCUGCUCUUCCACUGCGUGCCCGGCGCCCCCCAGGUGCGUUACGCCGCCGCGCUGGCCGUGGCCACCGCCCUCUUCCUGGUGCUCAUGGUGCUGUGCAGCCGCAGCGCCUUCCCCCAGGACUCCAUGUGGGUGGUGAGCUACCUGGUGCUGGCCGCGCUGGGCGGGGUGCAGGCCCUGGGCACCCUGAUGGCCUCGCCACGCAGCGCCUCCGAGGGCGUCUGGUGGAGCGUCUUCUUCAUCUACAUCACCUACACCCUGCUGCCCGUCCGCAUGCGGGCCGCCGUGGGGGCGGGCGCCCUGCUCUCCGCCCUGCACCUGCUCAUCACCUGGCACCUCAACGCCAGCGACCCCUUCCUCUGGAAGCAGCUCAGCGCCAACGUCCUGAUCUUCCUUUGCACCAACAUCAUCGGGAUCUGCACCCACUACCCGGCCGAGGUGUCGCAGCGCCAGGCCUUCCAGGAGACCCGUGGCUACAUCCAGGCCAGGCUGCACCUGCAGCGGGAGAACCGGCAGCAGGAGCGCCUCCUGCUGUCGGUGCUGCCCCAGCACGUUGCCAUGGAGAUGAAGGAGGACAUCAACACCAAGAAGGAGGACAUGAUGUUCCACAAGAUCUACAUCCAGAAGCACGACAACGUCAGCAUCUUGUUUGCAGACAUCGAGGGGUUCACCAGCCUGGCCUCCCAGUGCACGGCCCAGGAGCUGGUGAUGACGCUCAACGAGCUGUUUGCGCGCUUUGACAAGCUGGCCUCGGAGAACCACUGUCUGCGGAUCAAGAUCCUGGGUGACUGCUAUUACUGCGUGUCAGGGCUGCCCGAGGCGCGGGGGGACCAUGCUCACUGCUGUGUGGAGAUGGGGGUCGACAUGAUCGAAGCCAUCUCGCUGGUGCGUGAGGUGACGGGGGUGAACGUGAACAUGCGGGUGGGCAUCCACAGCGGGCGCGUGCACUGCGGGGUGCUGGGGCUGCGCAAGUGGCAGUUCGACGUCUGGUCCAACGACGUGACCUUGGCCAAUCAGAUGGAAGCCGGAGGCAAAGCCGGGCGCAUCCACAUCACUUGGGCGACGCUGCAGUAUCUGAACGGGGACUACGAGGUGGAGCCCGGCCAUGGGGGCGAGCGGAACGCCUACCUGAAGGAACACAACAUCGAGACCUUCCUCAUUGUGGGCUGCAGCCAGAAGCGCAAGGAGGAGAAGGCCAUCUUGGCCAAGCUGCAGCGGACGCGGGCGAACUCCACGGAGGGGCUGGUGCCGCGCUGGGUGCCCGACCGCUCCUUCUCCCGCACCAAGGACUCCAAGGCCUUCCGGCAGAUGGGCAUCGAGGACACCAGCAAAGACAACCGCAGCGUGCAGGAGGCCCUGAACCCCGAGGACGAAGUGGACGAGUUCCUGGGCCGGGCCAUCGACGCCCGCAGCAUCGACCAGCUGCGCAAGGAUCAUGUCAAGAAAUUCCUGCUGACUUUCCAGACGCCGGAGCUGGAGAAGAAGUACUCCAAGAAGGUGGACGAUCGCUUUGGGGGCUACGUGGCCUGCACGUUGCUCGUCUUCUGCUUCAUCUGCUUUAUCCAGAUUGUGAUGUUCCCACGCUCCCCACUGAUGCUCGGUGUCUACAUCAGCAUCUUCGUCAUCCUGGCCAACAUCCUCUUCGUCUGCGCCGUCUAUUCCUGCAUCAGUCUCUUCCCCGCAGCCCUGCAGCGGGUCUCCCGGAAGAUCGUCCACUCCCGCACCCACAGCACCUUCAUUGCCGUCUUCACCAUCCUCCUCGUCUUCAUCUCGGCCUUUGUCAACAUGUUCACCUGCAGCCAUGUGCCCCUGCGGGACUGUGCCGCCCGCACCCUCAAUGUCACGCCCGAGGCCGUGGGGCCCUGCCAGCUCCGCACCCUCAACUUCUCGCUGGGCUCAGACGUGCCCCCUUGUGACGGGGACGCCCCGGCCUGCAACUUCCCCGAGUACUUUAACUACAGCAUCGUGCUGAGCCUGCUGGCCUGCUCCGUCUUCCUGCACAUCAGCAGCAUCGGGAAGCUGGGGCUCAUGCUGGCCAUCGAGGGGCUGUACCUGGUACUGGCCGAGGGACCCGAGGCGCCGCUCUUCGACAACUACGACCUGCUGGUUGUGGCCAACGCCAUUCCGGCCUUCAACGAGACCCAGUGGGGCUCAGGAUGCCUGGCGGAGGAGAAGGUGGCACUGAAGUACAUGACCCCCGUGAUCCUGACCGUCUUCGCCCUGGCGCUCUAUCUGCACGCUCAGCAGGUGGAGUCCACGGCCCGGCUUGACUUCCUCUGGAAGCUGCAGGCCACGGGCGAGAAGGAGGAGAUGGAGGAGCUCCAGGCCUACAACCGGCGCCUGCUGCACAACAUCCUGCCCAAGGACGUGGCCGCGCACUUCCUGGCACGCGAGCGCUGCAACGACGAGCUGUACUACCAGUCGUGCGAGUGCGUGGCCGUCAUGUUCGCCUCCAUCAGCAACUUCUCCGAGUUCUACGUCGAGCUGGAGGCCAACAACGAGGGGGUGGAGUGUCUGCGGCUGCUCAACGAGAUCAUCGCCGACUUCGACGAGAUCAUCAGCGAGCCGCAGUACCGGCAGCUGGAGAAGAUCAAGACGAUCGGCAGCACCUACAUGGCGGCCUCGGGGCUGAACGACAGCACGUACGACCGGGAGGGCCGGACGCACAUCACCGCGCUGGCCGACUACGCCAUGCGCCUCAUGGAGCAGAUGAAGUACAUCAACGAGCACUCCUUCAACAACUUCCAGAUGAAGAUCGGGCUGAACAUCGGGCCGGUGGUGGCGGGUGUCAUCGGGGCCCGGAAACCCCAGUACGACAUCUGGGGGAACACAGUGAAUGUCUCCAGCCGCAUGGACAGCACAGGGGUCCCUGACCGCAUCCAGGUGACGACCGACCUGUACCAGGUGCUGGCGGCCAAGGGCUACCAGCUGGAGUGCCGGGGGGUCAUCAAGGUCAAGGGCAAAGGGGAGAUGACCACCUACUUCCUGAACGCCGGCCCAGCCCGCAGUUAGCACCAGCUGCGGCCUUUGGCGAGAAGGACCCAGCGGGCCAGAGGGGCCGGGCGGGGCUGCCGCAGGUCGGGCCUGGGCCAGGCUGAGCCGAGCCGUUGGGAACCACCCAGGCCUGGAUUGCCCCACUCCCGGCCCAUUAUUUUGUGGGGUCUUGUAAAUGGCUCUGAAUUUCAACCCCAAACUGAAGAGGGAAAGUGCCGCCACCCCGAGCCGCUGGGGGGUCUUUGCCACCAGGCCUGUGUGGCAGGGAUGGGGGGGUUGGGGCACCCCCCCCGGGGGUGUUGAAGAAAUAUUUUUACAGCAGACUUUUUAUUUAUUUAUUGAGCUCCAGAGCCAGCAUGUCAGGGGUGCCCAGGGUGCUCCAUGCUGGGGCUGGCUCAGCGCUGGCCCCGGGCCCCCCUCUCCCUUUCCAGUGACUGACAGGGAACGACGAACCCGCCCCCGCCCGCAAUCGACCAAAGACGAGGACAACGGGGGGCACCUAUUGGCCGGGCAGGGGACCCUGCUGUUGUCUGAGCACUUGCGCUGGGGGAUCCCUUGGGGGCUGCUUGCCGUGUUUGGGGUGGGGGGAUCGUCCCCUUCCAGUGGGGCUGGGGGUAGACUGGGGAUUUUAAAUAGAUUUAUAUUUGAGGACUCUUCCCCCCCCCCAUGGCUCCCAUUGGCCCCCCACCCGCUCGGUGUGACUUUCACCAGUUGUGAGGCCUAAGCCAGAGGAAGGGUGGGGGGGUGGGAGGGGGCUGGACAGUUCUUAUUUGCCAAAAUUGCCUCCUGUUGCUGGGGGGAGGGAAGAAUGUCUCUUGGGGCGAAGGGCUACAUGUGUGUGGGGGGGUGAGUAGCUCUCAAGGGGUGGGGCCUGCAGGUGUCUUUUAGGGGUGGGCAGGGACCGACUCCCGGAGAUUGGUGACUCCAAAGAGGACGUGUCUCUGGGUCCAUGGGGCUGCGGCAGGGCUGGGGGCCGGAGCUGAGCCCCACACCCCACACACACACACGCUGUGUCCAGGGAGGCGGGGGGGGGGUCUCUCUGUGCGUGAAGCGUGCUGCCUACUCCCAGCCUGGGGGGGGGGUGCACUUCCAUCUUACUUGGGACCCAGCCCCCUUCAGCUUCUCCUGCCACUUCUCAAGGGUGGGAGGUCCCUUCUCCAGCUGAGACCCAGCCCCCCCCAAAGCAUUGAUGCCCCCUCAGCCUCCUCCCCGGGCCAAGCUGCCCAUGUGCCAAAUUCCCAAGUGCCACACAGCCCAUCCUGGCCCUGUGCCCCCAACCUCCCUAGCAUUGCUCCCCUCCCCCACGGCCGCCCACCCACUAGGACCUGCUGGUCAGCCAGACCCCCCCCCCCUCCCCGGCCAUUGGGGGGGUGCCAGCUGCUGCUGGGAACUUUCCCUGUUAGCCUUAUCUGAACAAACACCUCCCCCAUCUCCAGCGGGUCCGUGCCCCCAGGGAGGGGCAGUUUACACCCAGAUCCCCAGGGGGGAGGAAUUCCCCUUGUGAGGAGCUCCCUCCCCGCCCCACCCAUGGCUCCAGGCACAGGUGGGAGAGGGGGGUGUCUCCUUCCCCCAGAUAAAACUUGAAAAUAAAAGGUGGAGGCUGAGAAUUUGCCUGGCCUCAGCACUCCUGGGUCCCCGACCCCAUGAGGCUGAGCCUGUGGGGGCCUCCUGCCCCAGCUGAGGACUAGCCUGCCACCACCCCCCCCCCGCCAUGUGUUGGCCAGGGCCAGUCCCCUUCCCCCACCCAAGAGCCUUACUGAGCAGCUCCAGAGAGAUGGGCCGAGCGCCUGGCGCUAGCAGGUGUGGGGCAGGAGGGUGGGUCCAGGCCCCAGGCUGGGGGGUUAUUAAAUAAUGGGGUGUUUGCAGCCCCCUCUGGCCCCCUCGUGCAUCAAUCUCCAUGGAAACGCCAGGGCCGCUGAACGUUUUCAUCAGCUCAUGCCCGAGGCAGCAACCCCCCUGGUUGGGCCCAGGGGCGAACGUGGCCCAGCGGGGGGCUGGGCUGGGCUGGGGGUGAGGGAUUGGUGGGUGGGGGGUGAGGUCAGGGCCACACUUCCCCUGCCACUGCUCUGCCCUUUCCCUCCCGGACUACGCUGCUCUGGGGGGAGGGCAGCUGAUCAGUCCUGGUCCGCCUUCCCCCCCAUGCCCACCAAAAAGGGGGGGCAUAGGCCCACCAGUUCCGUGGCCCCCCCAGGCCCCUUUCCGCUGGGAGGCUGUGGCCCAAGGUUCUCAUGCUGCCAGCGUGCCCUUUGCCCCCGGUCUCCCCCUGGUUGGAAGGCCCCUCUCCCCUGGCCUUGGGCCAGGCUGGGAGUGGCAGGAGCCGCCUGGCUCCCCUGGGGCCGGGGCUGUUUUAAAUGCAAAGAAGAGGUGAUUUCUGGGGUGGUUUUUUUUUUAGCAGUUUUGGGGUGUUUUUAUUUCCGUGAUUGUGUCUGGGGAGUUUUCAGCCGACGUCGGCGCCAGGCAAGCUCAGCCCGGGCCCAAAGCCGUGGGGUCUCUGCUCCUCCCUAGGCUGCCCCGGCCCGGGGGGGCGGACAGCAGCUUUGGACUGGAGCCCCCGAUGAGGGCGGCGCUGUCGCUGUGUCGGGGGAGGGGGGACGUGGCACUUAUUUGGCAAUGCAGAUUAAAGGUACUUUUUUCUUGUGUGUACAUAUAAAUUAUAUAUAAAACUCACUUUCUAUAACA